AUGGGACAAAUCACAUCGCGCAUACCAAUAAUCAAAUUAUUCAAGAAAAAUUCGAAAAGACCUUUUAAGGUUUUGAGGGCCAUCAGCGAAAGUGAUGCCGAUAGAAUGCAACUGCUACACCACUUUAUCCGGGAAUCUUGGAAAGGAAACUUUUCAGCACCGGUUGAAGAUAUACUGAACGUUGAUGGAACUGAAGUCUUGGAUGAGGGUGCGCGAGAUUGCAAGGUGAACCCUUACAUGGUGGACCGAAUCCAAGAAUUAAUGUGCUCUCGUCAUCUAACCAACAUCAAUCACCAAUGCCGCGAAUUGCUGUGCUGUUCAUCUGGAGACAUCAAGGAUGAUGUGGGGUCGAAUAUCGUCAAAGAAAGAUUGAAAAUAUUUUUACAAUCAGAUCAAAUGACCGAUGAUGAGAUCGAGAAUUUGUUUAAUAGGUUUGUAACUGAGGCCAAGGUGCAUAAAUCGUACGUGGAACUUCAUAGAUUUUGGGGGCAGAAAGGCUAG